AUGGCGGAGGUCGAUAACCGCAGGGCAGUCGCCCUACAGGAGCGAAAUGAUGACAGCGGCAUGAUGAUCUCCAAGUCCAUGGAGAAUCUCUCCUUUGGCGGGGUCGCUGCUGUGUACCCGCAGGCAAAGAUGCCAAAGAAGUACCGUACGCCGGGGAAAGGCGAAGUGAGCACCUACCAAGGAGCUGGAGUCCUCCCAGUGACAAGGCUGGAAGACGGCAAGGCGCGGGUCCUUCUUUGGCAGCCGCAGAGCGGGAAAAAGAAGGGUGUGCGGUGGUACGAUUUCGGCGGGCGGAAGAAGUUUCCGGAGGAGUUCGCCAGCACCUGCGCUUGCCGGAAGUUCGCCAAAGAGACGUAUGGCCUUUUUGGGUGCGCACUGAAGUUGGAGGGCGACAACACUCCAGCUCAGCUCAGGGAGCUGUACCAGGGCCUGGCGAACUUGCCGCUGAUGCUCAGAGCCAGCGAGGAAUGGGCUCACUUGCAGCUGCUGGAUGAUGGCCCUCGACUCUUCUACAAUGACAUCCAUGAGUACUUCCUGUACAUGCUUUGCGUUCCAUACGUUCCUGAGGACGUCCUCAAUGAGGUGUCCAAGAUAGUCGACAACCGCAAGCGAGUGUUCAGGUGGAUGACCAUGGAAGAGCUAGCAGAAGAAGUAAUGGCACCAAGACUUCACACGGCGAGCUUGGCAGAGGCUUUGGAGAACCUCCCGGAAGAUCCUUCUGUCCUGACCAGCCGUGCCUAUGGCAGCGCAGCCAGCAAUGUAGCAACAGGGAGCUUCGCGGCAGCAGUUGUGCGUUGA